UCUGUCAGACAUGGCGCAGUCCACUCGACCGCCGAAUAUUUCGCUACCCCCUAGAAAUAAAGCAGAGUUCGAUACUUUCUUGGGUGACAUUGCUCGCGAAAUAACAAAAGAAGAGUUGGACAAAAUGAAAUUUCUCUGUGCCAGACAAUACAACAAUAAUUAUUUGCCACGAGGAGAGCUCGAUGCCAUCGAAAGACAACAUGAGUUUUUACGCUUCUUAAGCCAAGAAGAAAAAAUCUGUCAAGAAGACGUGUCUUAUUUGGUAUGGCUUCUAAGAACCGUCGGAUGCAUCAAAGUAGCCGUUUCAAUUGAAAAACAAGGUAUACCGUCGUCGCCGGGUGAUCUACCUCGAAAUCUUCCGUGUUUAACCGCACACUUUGUUGGAAGAGACACGGACGUAGAGGAAAUCAUUGAGAUACUGGAGGCCUCUCGCAUGGUUGUUGUACUUUCUAUCCCAGGAAUGGGGAAGACUGAAGUGGGAGUCGGUGUAAGUCACUUGUUAAAGAAAAGAGGUUACGAGAUUGUAAUACAUAUACGAGUAGAGAGUCAUCAUCAGAAGCUCGUAGACAUCUGCAGUGAGAUUCUUGAUCAAUUAAAUGGUCGCGUUUGGUCGCCAACCGCUAAUUUUAUGUCUAUUGCGAAGCGUAAACUAUCGGAGCGAAAUAUCCCAACUGUCAUUGUACUUGACAAUACAGAGAAUAUACAGGGUGAGGAAUUUGAUGAAUUCACUAAAUGGUUCGUGAAAUCUGCCCCAAAUGUAAAGUUGAUAAUCACUACUCGAAAAGAUGUUGAAAUCGUGUCGGCAGACGUGUGUACGUUUCGUCUCAAACCUUUGGAUCCCGACUCGUCUGCUGAACUGCUUCGGAGGCUUGUUAAAAACUGUAGUGAAGAACAUUCCAAGGAACUUGCUAAAUUAUGUGGUGGGAUACCACUCCUUCUUGUGACCUGUUCUGACGCACUGAACAAUUGUUUUAGUCCCGAGCAGUUAAUCCAACACCUCCGGAAUAAUCCCACACAACUUUUCGACAAUGUUAAUAACACGCUGAAAGUAUUUUUUGACAAUUUUUCCGAUGAGGUAAAACGGAAUCUUGUCCUUUUUUCUGUUUUCCCAUCGGAGUUCUCAACUGAAGACAUUCAGUACCUUUUUGAAGAUUCUUUACACUAUCAAAGAGUGAAGACCAGGAUGGUCAAGUACGCUCUUCUUCAGAGAGACGCCGAUGAAAAGAUGAGGAUGCAUCCUUUGAUCCAAGCCUACUUCCGGACAGAGAAAGAAUCUUUAGGCAUGAGCGACCUGUGGCGCACCUCUCAGUAUAAAUUUAACCAUCAUUAUCUUGGCCUGCUAAGAGUCUUGAGCAAAGAGUUUAUCAGCAAAAAUUCAGCUUUGGUUGCGAUCCGUAAGUUUCGAAAGCAGAAAGCGAACGUCAUGGAAGCGCUGAAGAAUUGUCUCGAAGAGUCUAACGAUUUAGAUGACAAACAUUUCGUGUUAGACGUCGUCAACAGUACAGAAGUGCUGGAUUUUGUGGCAAAAGUUCUAACACCCCCUAAAGAGUGCACAGCGCUUUAUCAGAAAUGCUGUAAUAUUGCUAAAGCGUCCGGCGACAAGAAGAGGCAUGCAGAGAGCUUGAAUUCACUCGGAUUCCGUCGUCUCUGUGACGUGUCUCACAGCAAAGACAGCCCAGAAGAAAACAAAGUCACACUUUCAAAAUUUCAGGAAGCAUAUGACAUGCGCAGGACAUUACCAGCGGAGGAACAAAAGUCCCAAACGCAUGCGCACACAGCUAGUAAGCUCGGAGUAUGUUUAGUAUUGCAGGGAGAAGAAAAAAAAGGACGAGAGCUCAUACAGGAAGGAAUUUCAAUAAGAUAUUCUUUAGGCAACCGUUUGUAUGUUGCUGCUGGAUACUGUGACCUUGGAAAUUCUUAUCGAUUGUGUGGUGAUCAUCAAAAAGCAAUCGAAAUUUGGAAAGAGAACACUCUACCAGUUUACAAAGAGCAGCUUGAUGACCAUCCCUGGACAGCUUCAAUUUUGUCCUACAUCGCUGACUCGUACAAAGCCCUUGGAAGCUUUGAGCGAGGUUACAUCGACCAGGCCGAGAUGUACUUCAGGGAAGCUCGAAGCCUACGAAAGAGGCUGUUGGGUCAUCAUCAGGAUACAGCUCGUUCGUGCGUUCAGCUUAGCGAUGUCUUAGUCCUUCAAGGACAAUUUGAUAAGGCUUUGAAGAAGCUUAACGAGGCUUUCGUAAUUCAAAACGAUAUUUUGGGCCCCGACCACAAGAUCACUAAGAACACUGUAAGCAAAAUGAAUGAUUUGAUAGACGAAAAAGGUUAAAAUCCUUGUUAAUUGCAUAUUUUCAAAACCGAAACUCGAGGUAAAACUCUAGGGUCUUGGUGAACAGACUGAAGCAUGUAUACAAAAAUUAGGUCAACUGGUGUCUCAUCAGUUUCGCAAGGAAAUUUUCUAAAUUCAUUGGCUGUAGGUCAAACAAGUAUAUUUUGUUGUUAAAAGCACGAACUGCAUGCCCAUUCCUUCACUAGCGACUAAAUACAGGAAUGGCUCCGACCUGUCAUUGGAUGAUAAAAAUAGUAAAAUAUAGUAAAAGUGAAUAGGUUAUAUCUUAACUCCUUGCUUGUAAGUAUUGUUUAUCCGUGUGUCUCGAAGCAGAACAAUGAAAUAUCAAUGCGUGUGAAAACACCGACGUGUCAAACAAGAAAUGGCUACUUAAAUAACGAAAAGAGGGCAGAGUCUUUCUCGCUCAGCGAGGUCGUUCAGCGAUUUUCCGGCGAUGGAAAAGUCAUCCGCUGACAAAACUCAUUUAGGCAGUUUAAGCGGACGAUCAGAGACUGGAGCCAUUCCUGCAUUUCACCGCUAACGGGAAUGGUUCCGACUCAUGCGUAUAUUCAUUGUUUUUUCGUUUUGGCUAAAUAAUUUAAACACUGAGAUAAAAACUAAAAGAGCGUUUUAUUAGUUUCUUCUUAUGUUGAACUCUACAAUGCUUGCAAAU